AUGCAUCACAACCCAUUCACCACGAUGCGAAGUUUAAAACUUGCCGAAGGUUGUAAAGGCACGCAAGUCUACGCUCUCAACCCUCCGCCUGGAGGAGGAGUCGGUGACAAGCUUCUCCAGCAUCUUCAAGACCACCUCCGCGUAAACUCAAUCCGAUCCAAAUCAAGCCGCACGUACCACCAAUCCUCCCUCCUCCUCCCUUACGGCCUCCCCGUCACCGACCUCCUCGAGCCUCAGAUCGAUCCUUCCUUAAAAUUCCCCGACUUGGUGGAGAAGAUGGCGGAGGUCUACCGCCGCGUCGCCGCCUCCACGAAUCUCGAGAGAUCCGGAGCCUUUUUAGAGCAAUGCGCCGUCUUCCGAGGCUUGUCCGAUCCGAAGCUUUUCCGGCGGAGUCUCCGGUCAUCGAGGCAGCACGCUGUUGACGUCCACGCGAAGGUCGUGUUGUCUUCGUGGCUUAGGUUCGAGAGGAGGGAGGACGAGUUGAUAGGAACCUGCUCUAUGGAUUGCUGCGGGAGAAAUUUAGAAUGUCCGAAGGCGAGUCUUGUCCCCGGGUAUGACCCGGUAACCGUUUACGAUCCGUGUCGAUGCUCCGGAUCAAACGGUGUUGCUGAAUGUUCGACUUCUGAUGAAGCGUUUGCGUUUGCGUUUGAGUAUGAUAUGUCCUUUUGUAUAGGCGACGAGGAGGUUCGUUGCGUGCGUUACAAGAUAGCUUCCUUGUCUAGACCUUUCGAGGCUAUGCUGUACGGAGGGUUUAGAGAAACGAAGCUUGGGACGAUCAGCUUCACGCAGAACGGAGUCUCUGUGGAAGGGAUGAGAGCUGCGGAGGUGUUCAGCAGGACGAAGAGGCUAGAUGAGUUUCCUCCUAACGUUGUCUUGGAGCUGCUCAAGCUGGCGAAUAGGUUCUGCUGCGAUGAGUUGAAGUCUUGUUGCGAUACGCAUUUGGCGCGUCUCGUUAGUACUCUUGACGAGGCGAUGGUGUUGAUUGAGUAUGGAUUAGAAGAGUCUGCGUACCUUCUCGUGGCGGCUUGUCUCCAGGUUUUCCUAAGGGAGCUGCCGAGCUCUAUGCAUAACCCUAACGUUAUAAAGAUCUUCUGCAGCGUUGAGGGAAGGGAGAGGUUGGCGUCUCUCGGCCACGCUUCUUUUGCGUUGUACUUCUUCUUAAGCCAGAUUGCUAUGGAAGACGAUACGAAGUCCAACACGACCGUGAUGAUAUUGGAGCGUUUGGUCGAAUGCGCGGUGGAGAGUUGGGAGAAGCAGCUCGCCUACCACCAGCUAGGCGUUGUGAUGCUUGAGAGGAAAGAGUAUAAAGACGCUCAGAGAGCGUUCAACACAGCGGUCGAGGCAGGUCAUCUUUACUCCCUCGUGGGGGUAGCUAGGUCUAAGUUCAAGCGUGAUCACAGAUACUCUGCUUACAAGAUCAUCAACUCGCUGAUCUCGGAUCACAAGGCGGCUACCGGGUGGAUGCACCAGGAGAGGUCCUUGUACUGCAGCGGUAAAGAGAAGCUGCUUGAUUUGGAUACAGCAACCGAGUUAGACCCGACUCUGACGUUCCCUUACAAGUUUAGAGCAGUGGCGUUGGUGGAGGAGAAUCAGUUUAACGCUGCCAUCUCGGAGCUGAACAAGGUUCUUGGAUUCAAGGCCUCUCCUGACUGUCUGGAGAUGAGGGCGUGGGUUUCUAUAGGCAAGGAGGAUUACGAGGGUGCUUUGAAAGAUAUCCGCGCGCUUCUGACCUUGGAGCCCAACUUUAUGAUGUUUAACGGUAAGAUCCAUGGUGAUCAUAUGGUGGAGCUGCUCCGUCCUCUGGCUCAUCAGAGAAGCCAAGCUGAUUGCUGGAUGCAGCUGUUUGAUCACUGGUCUUCUGUGGAUGAUAUUGGAUCUCUAGCAGUUGUUCAUGAUAUGCUUGCACAUGAUCCUGGGAAUAGUCUUUUGCGGUUCAGACAGUCUCUUCUUCUGCUACGGCUAAAUUGUCAAAAGGCAGCGAUGCGGAGUCUAAGGCUGGCUAGAAACCAUUCAAAGUUGAAGCAUGAGAGACUUGUGUAUGAAGGAUGGAUACUGUAUGAUACUGGCCACCGUGAAGAAGCCUUGGCUAAAGCUGAGGAGUCUAUUUCGAUUCAAAGAUCUUUCGAAGUGUUUUUUCUCAAAGCUUACGCCCUCGCAGACUCUACGCUCGACCCCAAGUCCUCGGAGUACGUUAUCCAGCUUCUUGAAGAAGCACUUCGUUGCCCCUCUGAUGCUCUCCGUAAGGGACAAGCUUUGAACAACCUGGGGAGCGUAUAUGUGGACUGUGAUAAGCUGGAUCUUGCAGCUGAUUGCUACACGAACGCGCUCAACAUCAAGCACACACGAGCGCACCAAGGCCUUGCUCGUGUUUAUCAUCUGAAAAAUCAGCGUAAAGCUGCUUAUGAUGAGAUGACAAAGCUGAUAGAGAAGGCUCAGAACAAUGCGUCGGCGUACGAGAAGCGUUCUGAGUAUUGUGACCGCGAAAUGGCACAAAGCGACCUUAGCCUGGCUACAGAGCUAGACCCUCUCCGUACUUAUCCUUACAGAUACAGAGCUGCAGUUCUUAUGGACGACCAUAAAGAAAAUGAAGCUAUAGAGGAGCUUUCGAAGGCGAUAUCAUUUAAACCAGAUCUGCAGCUGUUGCAUCUACGGGCAGCGUUUUAUGAUUCCAUGGGAGAGGGAGCAUCUGCUAUCAAAGAUUGUGAAGCAGCAUUGUGUAUUGAUCCAAGUCAUGCUGAUACACUCGAUCUCUACCACAAAGCUCGUGAAACAAAUGCUACCGACCAAAAGUAGAACAAGACUACCAUUUUGUUUGGUGGGCAAGUCUCUUCUCUUCUUACCUCCUGGUAUGCUUCUACACUGUUUCAUAUCCUUAACAACAAGGUUUGGCUUGAGUGAACAGAGAAGAAUAAGAUGAAGAUGAAGCAUAGCCAUGUAAAUAGAAACUCUUAUAAACUAUAUUUUUCUUUAAUUUUGGUUAUUGGGGGGGAGGUGGGGAUACUAUAGCAGAGCAAAGAGUGUUUCUUGCUGCUAAAGGUAAUACGUUUUCUUGACCUAAAAGGGGAAACCAGAAAGAAGAACUUUACCUCUGGUGAAACUGGACUUCUUCUACUGUCCUAUUUCUACAUGUAUUAUUGUUUCUUUCUUUUUUUUUUCCUUUACUGGAAUUAUGUAAUUGUAUCUGUAACUUUCUCCACUUUUAGAUGCUUCUUGUAUUGAUUCUCAAAGCAUCCAGGGAUGUUUUUUUA